AUGAUCCGAUCAAGUGAGUCGCUCAAACGACACGAUCUGCCAGGCAGCGGCGUCUGCCUCAGUAGCUCCUACAUUCCACCCGGUCUGGGCGAUGCUGAGGCCUAUCCACCGCAUCGUUCAAACAUGGUCCUCGGCUCAGGCAUUGUUCUGGGUUCUACAAAGGGUUUGGAAUGCGAAAAUGGCUUUUUCCAGAGCAAACUGAGUGUCGCUGAGAAACUCACACAGGCACACAACAAGGAGAUUCUGAAAAAGGUUGGCUCUGACCUUGGUCAGGUCUCCGACGGUAUGACUGCUAGUCAGGUGGUGAGUGAACUCCGUUUGACAACUACUCAUUGGUACAACUGUUUGACGUUCUUUUUCUACAAAGGUCACCACUGUUUGUACUAUUUUGGUUAUUAAUAGGGGUUUUCGGCCGAUUUGAGUAAAGCAACUGAUCCAUUUGUGAAAAAGCUGGCUUCCUCUCCGGAACUCGAACUCAGUGCUCCCGGUCGCGGUCUCGUAACUCGGAUUAAAAUCGAUUUACACUAUGCGCCAAAUCGUCUCUUCAAACUAGUGUUCACAGAUGCCCUGACAAUGAAAUUUAUCGAACAAGGGAAAAUUAUUGGUCAUUGUCAUAUUUUCAUGACGGAUAUCCUAGGGAUUUCGUUCAACUGGGCCUCAGAAAACAGGAAGUAAAAAACCAAAGGUGGUUCUAGUCAGGCCCCCAAAACAGGCUCAGUGAGUGACCGAUCACAUGAAAUGCUGGCCGAAAUUCUGAAAUGCGUUUUCGACUAGAAGGGGUUACUUGGGUGGGGUUGUAGUAUUGAUUACCACGCGAUUUAAUCCCACAAUAUUUCGGACUCGCCAGGAUAUCAGUUUUUGAAUGUACUUUUUUUUCGACCUCCUACAGAAACCGCACUCGGUAAAAAAUAACUACUUGAAUAACACAUUUUUCACGCCGAUUUUCGGUGGUCUUAUGAAUUUAAAUAUAUUUUAUAAAAGAAACAAACAUAAAAUAUGUUUUCUUUUACUCGGUUAAUAGAAAACCACUUUGUCUUCACAUUUUAUACCCGAAGAAAGUGAAUAUUUUGUUUUUAAAAAGUUUCCCAUUUUCCCGAUAAUUUUGGGCCAGAUCAGCCGUGUUAUUAGCGUUAAGCUAUUUCAGGCUACAAGAUGCAUGCUUUCCGCGUACGGAAAAUCAUAUAUUCCUUUGUGAUUUUAAGAAAACACUAUAUAGAGUCCAUAAAAUGUUGCAAUGGAUGCGAACUAUGUUGUACAUUUCAUGAGGAGCGUUGGUAAACGGACAGGUACGAUGCUGUAUGGAUGGAAUCACACGGUCUUAAAAAUCUCGUAAUAGGAACAUUUUAAAAUGGAAAGACAUUCCUUCCUCCUCCUCCUCCUCCUCCUCCUCCUCCUCCUCCUCAUCAUCAUCAUCAUCAUCAUCAUCAUCCUCUCCCUCCCCCAUCUUUCUCUCUCCCCUUUCUUUGUCAUAUGCCCUCAAACUCCCUCCUCCAAUCUCGAGUCCAGCAAAACGAGGUUGACUUGCCUGUCAUUUCUGACUUGAGCUCAGAAGCGGGUGGACGGUAUCGGAUGAUGGGGUGGGACAGUAAUCAUAGGACAGGGUUAGUAAGCAGUCGCAUGACUUUUUAUUGGCCGACCACACCCGAGUCCCUCAUAGUUGAGAAUUGAUAGCACUUGCACGGUUGAUCACGGCGAAGUGACCAAUCGCGGAACGCGACCACAAACGUCAUUCUCAUUUCCUGCUUCUGGUGAUACGCUCUAACACGAAUCCCGAAUGCCGGCGGAUAAAGCUGUUUUUUUAUAGCCAUCGCGUAUUUAUCGUAAGCACUACCUGGAAUCCACACUUUUACGCCUAUCGUCAGGCCUCGACGCCUACCCGCCAAUCCCGGUAUUGUGUGUUCGUUUGUGCAAAUUCUAAAUUGCCUACGUCUGACUACUCCGAAUCCAGUCGACCAACAGUUAAGUAAAUAAACCAUUAUUAUGGAUGGACUGGUUGUCUGCGUCAAUUUUUGAUACUUUUGCUCACUUUUAGGCUCCCAUAUACGAUUAUGAAUGCACUGCAGAAGGACUAUAUAAAUAUUGAUAUGCUAAUAAAAGCGAAAAGGCGAGUUACAGAAAGUGGUCGCCAAGAAGGAGACACGGUCGCUGGAACAGGAGGUUUAUUAGCCCGACGUUUCGGAUUCUCACUCGAGACAGAGUCAGAAAAGGGUAGUGGAUUGUCCAGGUGUUACGAUAUUUGUAGGAUGUAGUUGCUAGGCCGCUACAUGCCUAUCACAGUUGGCAACUCCCGAGUGCGUCACGGCAGUAAGCAGUUGCCAUGCGGUUGCUUUACGCUUAUGUACUGGUCAAGAUUGUCGGCUCCUACACUCAUCGCACGCAGCCGUGUUGCCGACGAUCGGAUUUCGUCAUUCAUGUGGACUCCUGGGCAGUUUGGCUCGCAGACACUGCUAUAUAAAGACAGCAGUUAUCUGCACGCUCUCCUCGCGGCCAAUUAUUUUGCCUAAGCAAAGUCUCAGUGCCGAAUAUGAAGAGAGGAGGUCGUUGCGCUUGUUGAUUGACUGAAAACCGGAAAACGCUGACUCGAGUAGUUUGCGGCGAAGCGAGAGACAAAAUCCAACCGGCCGAGAAUUUUGGAUAGUUCUCCCAUGCGUGAAGAAUGCUUCGGAAGUCCUCAGCCUCCUUCUAAGCUCAUGUGACAAAGCCACCAAUUAAGCGCAGCACCAUUUUGCAAACUUGAUCGUUUUCGG